AUGGCGAACCAGAAGCAGCGCGAACGCCAAGGUGCAGCCAAGGCCUGGCCUCGCCGGUGGAAUGCUAACUCAGCCUCAGUUCGCAAACUCUGCAAGAGGCCCAAGGGUAGCUGCUUCCACUCGGUCAAGGGUGCCGGCGGCCCGCCUUCGGUCUCGGUCAAGGAGAUUGCCAAGUCCGAGGAGCUCCGGUCGGAAUUCAAGCGCCUCAAGGCUGAGCUGGCGGAGGCCAACAAGGCAGCAGCAGCGGCCGCGAAGGCCCCUGCCGAGGAGGUUGGCAUGGAGGACGCAGCUCGGAUUGUCGAGCUCCGCGACCAGAUCGACGGCCUCGAGAAGCUGCCCGACAGCAGUGGGGCGAUUGCUGCCCUGCGCACGGCGCUCAACGCCAAGCCGCUUCCUAUCCAGAUCCAGCGGGUCUCGCAGCAGAUCGCGGUGGUGGAGAAGCGGAAGGCGGUCAAGCAGGAACACCUGGACGGCCUCGAUCAGCAGAUCGCGGAGCUCCAGCAGCAGCGCCUCGAGGCUGCGAGGGGGUUGGCUGCUAUCCAAGUGGAGUUGGUGGAGCUGGAGGCCCAACGCACCAAGGCCUCACUCGACUCGGUGUUGCCGUCGGUGCGCAUGUCGACGGCUGAGCUCGAGCAGGUGGCCACCAACUUCGGCGCCGACGCCGGCCUCGCGCGCGAGCUCGCUUCGGUCGUGGGGCGCGUGCGCGAGGCGGCCGUCAAAGCCCAGGCUGACGGCGCGGCCGAGGUGCUCAAGGCUUUCCUGGAGGCCAUGGGCAUGGGCGUUCCCGAGUGGAGCCAGCAGUGUUGGCACUGGUGCGAGUGCGGGCUUGCCUGCAGACUGCACCAGACUGAGCUUCUGCUUUCCGAGCUCAGCCGCACGAAAUUGCAGAAUCAGUUCUGCCCCACUGCCGCCGGCUGGGACUUCUGCGGCGGCGAGGGCAAGCUUGACGUGGGUAGCGGCCAGGACGCUGGCGCGCCGAUCAGCCCCACGGGCCGGCCGCCGCUGGCGCCGCCCGGGCAGCAUUCGGCGCCGCCCUGGGGCGCGGCGUGCUCUGGGGGCCGGCCGCCGCCCCUGCCGCACCGGCACGCUGGUCGGCCUCCGCAGGCGGCGGCGCCGCCGCCUGGGCGGUCGCAGGCUGCGCCACCGCCCGUGCCGGCGCCCUGCAGGGAGCCGCCAACGAUAUUCGGCCCGCCGCCGCCGGGAGGCCCCCCCGCCUCAGGCCCGCAGCUGACAGCGAGGCCUCUGCCCGUGCCCCUCUGCGUGGGUCCGGCCACCGACUUCGAGGACUCUUCGGGCUUCGACUGGAAGGAUCUGAUGGCGGACGAAUCCUCGCCCGCGAACUGGCAGGUGGAGGAUUCGCCGAAGCGGCUCGGCCUGUCCGGGGACUUCGAGGACUCCGUCGGCCCAGACCUCGGGGCCCUCGGCCUGGAGAUCUUCGGCGAGCCAGCGCCGCAAGCGCGGCUGCAGAGCGGCCUCGGGGCGGCGGAGCCCCCUGAGGCUCCCGAGGCGCCCCAGGGCGCUGGCGGCGCCACGGUACCAGCGCAGACGUCCGCUGGCGCCGUGCCGCCGGCUGUACCGCCACGCCCGCCAGCGUUGGCAGGCGGCCCGCCGGGCACCUGGGCGACGCAGGGCCGGCCUGGCCUGCCCACUCCGUUGACGCGGAUGCAGGCGCAGACGCCGAUGCUCGGUCUUGCCGCAGAUUUCGAGGAUGGGCCUCGACUGCUUGGACGAGACGCCGCAGCCGCCGCUGCUGCCGGCGGAGCCAGGGAUCCCAGAGUCGCCGCACGGGCACUCCCUCGAAGAGGCGCGCUGCUUCUCCGACGGCGCCAGCUCGUCGGCGGCGGUGGCCACGCCGCAGGGAGGCGACGCGGAAUGGGCCGCGGCGCCCGGGCAGGCCAUGCGGCGAGCGCCGCCUGGCAUAGGUGCGCCGACGCUGGCAGCUGGCUGGCGGCCCACUCUGCGGCACAAGGGCCAGUGAGACUCGCGAACCCCGGGCUCUCCAUCCCGCCCCUCGGGGAGGGCAGGCAGCCACCCCAAUUGUCGUAGUUCCCACCCCGCCUGCCGUAGUUUUCUGCGCACGGCUGGUGAGGCCAAUAACGGCCCCGAGCCCCCGUCGGACAACGCGUGCGGGCACUGUCGUCGCGGCGACGGAAAGGGGCCGGCGGAUUUGGCGGAACGCAGUACUGGCGUCGGCCUCAAUUCUACCCGCGGGCUCGACUAGCGCUCGCCUUUCGCCACCGAUAGCGCUCGAGGUCGAAAGCGCGACCCAACGGAGUCGCGCGCCAGUUUAGGGCUUAGAGUUUAGGGCCAAUUAGCAAGAGCGUCGCAACACACUCGACGCUGCUCACACUGCCGCGGCGUUCACACCGCACCCACCCUGGAUACCC